CUUGAAGAAUCACUCGCGUUGAACCCAUCCUUGACUCAAAGCCCUCACUUUACCAUUUAUCAGCCACUAUUAACAUGGUUUUCCUCCAUAGUCGACCGUGCCACUGGUGGUGCCCUUAGCGCAUGUGAGUCGGCAUAUAUUUAUCGCAACGGUCUCUCUUUGGCGUGCCUCUUUCCGCCUGGCACGUUUGAUAGCACGCAUAUAGUCGAGCUCAUUGCGGGGCUACCUGAACAUGUGAAGUAUGCGGGUAAAUUCAUCCUGGCUGCACCUUUCGCCUUCCACUCUUUAAACGGUCUCCGACAUCUUGCAUGGGACAUGGGAAAGGUCUUGACUGUGAAGUCGGCUUACAGGGCGGGCUACGCACUGGUGCUCGGGGCCACAGCUGUCUCGACAAUCGCUCUAGUACUCAUGUAA